AUGGCACCCAUGAACCGAUCUUUCUCUCUUCCCGUCUCACUGCCCGAUCGUGUCUCCCGACUGAAAGUUUUCUCCGGGGCGGCGGGUAAAGAUGAGGUGAGUGGGGUCUUUCUCUUCAUACGUCAUCCUUCGCUUCUAGCUCCUCCACUGGACUCUUCAACCCAUGUAACCUUUGCAGCCCUUGCAUACCUACAUCCUCCAACCUGUGCUCUCUCACAAUCAACCACCACACUGCCCCAACCCAUCCGGGGAUCAUUACGCGCUUUUGUCACUCGGACUCGCAAAUCUGUUGAUUUUUCGAAUCAAAAAGACAAGGAGAAAGAUCAAGAUGUAGCAGACAAAAUCGAAAAGCCAGAUUCACUUGGAUUGACUAUAGAAAGAACGCUGACACAGGAUUCUUCUACUUCUUCCACCACCCCCACACCACUUCUCAAUCCAACUUCCCUCCCUAACCCUCCUCCCCUCACACCAUCUUACGAUGAUCAGACUUCCCACCUUAUCAUCGGAGCGAUGAGUCGGAAGAAGACCGACUCCAAAUCGAUAGAAAACAAACGACCUUCUGCAACUGGCGCCGCACUAGCUGCGAUAGGAUUAAAAAGUUCAAGUCUAGGAUCUGCCACUCCUUCAUCUAGACCUAUCACUCCUCCUAAACCGACUGAUCCUCUACCAACCAUCAAAACCCCUAAACCAUCAAUCCUUCUUCCUUCAAAACCCAUCGGAAGUACUCCCAGGACGGAGAAAGAAGAACGUGGGAGACAAGCCCGUGCACCUAGUCCUUUCUUCCGAGCUAGAAGUCGACGAGAUAAAGCCAGGGAAAGAGAUCAAAGUCCUCACAUCGGAGCGUUACCCAAUGACAAAGACGCUGAAAGUGACGGUGAAUCAGUCGUCGCCGUAGGUAAAUUCCGUCCUCAAGCAUCAGCUUUUGACGGUGAUGAACCCGGUGUUGUCAUACAAGAUCAAGAUUCCUCCGAUAGUGAAGAUGAGGAAACCCCCGGAGAAGUAGAGUUCGACGCAUUGGACGACGUGGAUAUAUUCGAUGAGAAAACAAUGGCGAAUACAAAAGCUAACGCUUUCUUCAUUCCAGGUGUGGCUGCGGAUGAAGAUGGGGUAGAGAUAGAAGGUUUACCUCCUGCACAAGAUUCAGAUAAUAGAAGUGUGUUUGAUAAUUUUGGUGAAGAAAUCGAACAAGAUCUAUUAGGAGAAGGACCAAAUGUUAUCGUACCACCUCCAUCAUUAUUCCCAGUUCAUCAAGCCGCUACUGCCAAAAGACAGAAAUCUUUGAAAUCAGGUAUGGAGUUGGUUACUGGUCUACCAGCUUUCGCAAGGGAUAGAUGUACGAUGACUUUGACUCAAGGUGAUCCUGAUGGAGCAUUGGAAAAGAGUGGGAAGAGGUUGAGAAGAUAUGUUGUUUUAAGUGAUCUGAGUGAUGAGAGUAGGUAUGCUUUGGAAUGGGCUAUUGGGACUGUGGCCAGGGAUGGAGAUGAGUUGUUUGUUAUUUCCGUAAAAGAAGAUGAGAGUAAGGUCGAUCCGAAAUCAUGGAAUAAUGCGGAUCGUGUACAGAAGCUUCGUGUGCAGAAAGAGCGUCAAGGAGGCGUACAAAUCCUCGUUCGUCAAGUCAACAGCCUCCUCUCCCGAACCCGACUCCAAAUCACCGUCACUUGUCAAUACCUCCACGCGAAGAACGCGAGACAUAUGUUAUUGGACCUGGUCGACUUUUUGGAACCUACCAUGGUGAUUGUGGGUUCGAGAGGUUUGGGAGAGAUCAAGGGUAUCCUCCUCGGAUCUACUUCACACUACCUAGUCCAAAAAUCAUCUGUACCCGUCAUGGUAGCCCGUCGUCGAUUACUCCGACCUCUACGUAAGACAAACCCUGCAAACUUGCGUCAUUCACCCCGUGUUUCACUCGCUUCGGCCAGUAUUGAAAAAGCCGCUUCGAGUAAACAAGAAGAUGAAAUUGUGGAUGUUGCCAAGGAAGAAGGUGCGGAAGAAGGGCCGGUCAGUGAGGUGUCGAGGGCUAUGGAGAGUAGAGAGUCUCUGUGA